AUGAUGGAGCUAGAGAACGACCACAUCGACGACAUUUUGUACGUCGCUAACGACGUCUUCGAAGAUGCCGCUACUUUUCGACACAUCGACCAAAACUUAUUGUUGUCGCAUGACGUGAACGACAACGUGGUGCAUGCCGUGGAGAAGGCAUGGAAAAAGGCAGGAAGCGUAGAAGCAGAGCAUGCUGUUGCGGCUCAAAAGGUCAGGAUGCCCUCGCUGGUGCUUCAAAAGACGGACUGGCGUCUGCACUUGCAAAUGGGGAGCAGCAAGCGUGCGGGAUAUUUGCAGCCAAUGGCGAUAUUCCAGCUGGACGUGAUGGACGAGCGAUCGAAGACGAAGCAGACUGAGAGGUUAGACGUUGAGCUUUCACACGAAGAGUUGCGGUUAUUUUUUCUCCAGCUGAAUGGAAUCCAAGCAGAAUUGGAUGCUUUUCCAACGCCACCAACCGAUCUUGCGCUGUAA